UCUGGAGCGGAGUUGGAGGAAGCGGCGGCCGCGGCCGGGGCGGCGGGGAGCGGGUCGGGAGACGGCGAGCUUGGGUCGGGAACGGCCGGCGGGUCGGAGCCUGGUCAGGGGCGCAUCGGAGCCGUGCGCGCAAGAGGCUGCCGCUGCAGCCUGGGCCCCGCAGAGGAAGGAAGCCGGCCGGCGGGGGAGGUGCAGCUCGCAUGUGGUGUGUGCCAUAGUCAAAUCAGAUGACAGAUGGACAGUGUGACAAGAGUGUCAGAAAGGAUCGGGCCUCGAAGGGAGAGUCAGCCCCGAGUCAAUGUGUUGACGAGUUGCUGAAAAGGAAGCCGGUGGGAAGACUGCGGCCACAGAGGAAGUGAGCCCUGACUUCAGUCACACCCUUGAUGGAGGACAGAUGGACGGCCGGAUGGCCAAUCACCUCUCCUCUUAAACCUUUGGAGAGUUAUCCUUUAUCCCCUGCUGGACGUGUAUUAGGAAUCUUAACACACUCUCUGAAUUCACUUUCCAUAGAAACGUCAGGUUAGACUGCAGUGUGCAGCUGGCCUCAGCUGUCGCAUGGUCGCAGGUCUGCAGCCAUGAGUGCCGAGGGGUACCAGUACAGGGCGCUGUACGACUAUAAAAAGGAGCGGGAAGAAGACAUUGACUUGCACUUGGGGGACGUACUGACUGUGAAUAAAGGGUCCUUAGUAGCUCUUGGAUUCAGUGAUGGACAAGAAGCCAGGCCUGAAGAAAUCGGCUGGUUAAAUGGCUAUAACGAGACCACGGGGGAGAGGGGGGACUUUCCGGGAACUUACGUAGAGUACAUUGGAAGGAAAAAGAUCUCACCGCCCACACCAAAGCCCCGGCCACCUCGACCCCUUCCUGUUGCACCAGGUUCUUCAAAAACUGAAGCAGACAGUGAGCAACAAGCUUCGACUCUUCCAGACCUUGCAGAGCAGUUCGCCCCUCCUGACGUUGCUCCACCGCUUCUUAUCAAGCUAGUGGAAGCCGUUGAAAAGAAAGGUCUGGAAUGUCCAACUCUAUACAGAACACAGAGCUCCAGCAACCCAGCAGAAUUACGACAGCUCCUUGAUUGUGAUGCUGCCUCCGUGGACUUGGAAAUGAUCGAUGUGCACGUCUUAGCAGACGCUUUCAAACGCUAUCUCCUGGACUUACCAAAUCCUGUCAUUCCAGUAGCCAUUUACAAUGAAAUGGUUUCUUUAGCCCCAGAAGUGCAAAGCUCUGAAGAAUACAUCCAGCUGUUGAAGAAGCUCAUUAGGUCGCCCAGCAUACCUCAUCAGUAUUGGCUCACGCUGCAGUAUUUGCUAAAACAUUUCUUCAAGCUCUCUCAAACGUCCAGCAAAAAUCUUUUGAAUGCAAGAGUACUCUCUGAACUCUUCAGCCCCCUGCUUUUCAGAUUCCCAGCAGCCAGUUCUGAGAAUACUGAACACCUCAUAAAAGUUAUAGAAAUUUUAAUCUCCACCGAAUGGAAUGAACGCCAGCCUGCACCAGCACUGCCUCCUAAACCACCAAAACCCACUACUGUAGCCAACAACGGUAUGAAUAACAAUAUGUCCUUACAAGAUGCUGAAUGGUACUGGGGAGAUAUUUCGAGGGAAGAAGUGAAUGAAAAACUUCGAGAUACAGCUGAUGGGACCUUUUUGGUACGAGAUGCAUCUACUAAAAUGCAUGGUGAUUAUACUCUUACACUAAGGAAAGGAGGAAAUAACAAAUUAAUCAAAAUAUUUCACCGAGAUGGGAAAUAUGGCUUCUCUGACCCAUUAACCUUCAACUCUGUGGUUGAACUAAUAAACCACUACCGGAAUGAAUCUCUAGCUCAGUAUAAUCCCAAACUGGAUGUGAAAUUACUUUAUCCAGUAUCCAAAUACCAACAGGAUCAAGUUGUCAAAGAAGAUAAUAUUGAAGCUGUAGGGAAAAAAUUACAUGAAUAUAACACUCAAUUUCAAGAAAAAAGUCGGGAAUAUGAUAGAUUAUAUGAAGAUUAUACCCGUACUUCCCAGGAAAUCCAAAUGAAAAGAACAGCUAUUGAAGCAUUUAAUGAAACCAUAAAAAUAUUUGAAGAACAGUGCCAAACCCAGGAGCGGUACAGCAAAGAAUACAUAGAAAAGUUUAAACGUGAAGGCAAUGAGAAGGAAAUCCAAAGGAUUAUGCAUAAUUAUGAAAAGUUAAAGUCUCGAAUCAGCGAAAUUGUCGACAGCAGAAGGAGACUGGAGGAGGACUUGAAGAAGCAGGCUGCCGAGUAUCGUGAGAUUGACAAACGGAUGAACAGCAUUAAACCGGACCUCAUUCAACUGAGAAAGACAAGAGACCAAUACUUGAUGUGGUUGACUCAGAAAGGUGUUCGGCAGAAGAAGCUGAACGAGUGGCUGGGCAAUGAAAACACUGAAGACCAAUAUUCGCUGGUGGAAGAUGAUGAGGAUUUGCCCCACCAUGAUGAGAAGACGUGGAAUGUUGGAAGCAGCAACCGAAACAAAGCCGAAAACCUGUUGCGAGGGAAACGAGAUGGCACUUUUCUUGUCCGGGAAAGCAGUAAACAGGGCUGCUACGCGUGCUCAGUAGUGGUGGACGGUGAGGUCAAGCACUGCGUCAUCAACAAGACGGCCACGGGCUAUGGCUUCGCCGAGCCCUACAACCUGUACAGCUCCCUGAAGGAACUGGUGCUCCACUACCAACACACGUCCCUCGUGCAGCACAACGACUCCCUCAACGUCACACUAGCCUACCCGGUGUACGCGCAGCAGCGGCGAUGAAGGGCCGCCCUCCCGCCUGCUCCUCACCUUCAGCUCCCCGAGGCCUCCAGCAAGCACAGGGCUCCCCUGCAGCCUGACCUGGGAACUGAGCUGCGGACACCCAGCCGCCUGUCUUCAGAUGUGACUCGAGCUUUCGGUCACACGGCAGUAGGGGAAGACACAUACGCGGCGGGCUCGCACUGGGCGACGACCACCACCAUUCCUCGUCUGGAGUGCUUAAUUAGCCUUCCUUUCUUUCCUCUUUCUUUCUUUUUGGUUUUGUUUUUUGGAUUAAUUUAAAGAAGUCACAACCACACACGACACCAAGAGAAAAAGAAAUGCAAAAAUCUCUGCGUGCAGGGACAAAGAGGCCUUUAACCAUGGUGCUUGUUCGUGCUUUCAGAAGCUUUACCAGCUCAAGAGUUGGGACCUUGGAGACCGGAGCGGGGAUGGGCUGACGAGCCCUGGCCUGGGGUCGCUCGGUCCAGCCUGGGUGGUGCCGUGCACGGUGGCCCCAGACACAUCGCACUGUGGAUUAUUUCAUUUUCUAACGAAAUGAACCGAUAUGUAGCAGAAAGGCACUUCCGCUCACAGGGGACAGACACUUUGGGGAACGUCCGCUCAUGUACGUUCAGAGGAAAUUCUGUUUGUUGUAGCAAAGUGCCAGAAAGUGUUUCGUUAAAACUCUACAAACCAAGAAAACCCACCAACGGAAAAAUGGAGCUUGGAAAAUAGGACUUCAAAAUGACAUUUAGUAUAUAAAAUAUGUACAUAAUAUUGAAUGACUGACUAACUAUCAAAUAGAUGGAUUUGUAUCAAUACCAAAUAGCUUCUGUUUUGUUGUGCUGAAGGCUAAAUUCACAGUGCUAUGCAAUUCUUAAUUUUCAUCGUUGUUACCUGUUUUAAACGUACCUUCAGAAUAAGCUUCCCCUGCCCCAAUUUUUGUUGCUUGAAAAUACUGUCCCUGAUUUUUUUUUUUGUUAAUAUUCAUUUUGUUACUUGUUACCUUUUUUUUUUUUAAAGACGAAAUGUACAGGAUGCCAGUUUAAAAAAAAAAAUGGCUUCAGAUUUAAAACUAUUAAAUAUUUUACAGUUUUUCUUGUACAGAGUACUUGGCUGUUAGCCCAAGGUUAAAAAGUUCAUAACAGAUUUUUUUUUUUGGACUAAAUGUUUUGUU